CCAAUAACCAAUGAAAUUAUUUUGGUAAUUCAGCAAAACGCCACUGAAAGCCUCCAUCUUUUUCCUUCUAUUACCCCACUGGUUUUUCCGAUGGAUUUCCAGGUGGUGGUUCUAGCCGGCAGCACUUCGAAGAAUCUCGCUCCUCUCGUCUCCAAGGUCUUCCUACGACUCUUCCUUUUUCAUGAUUUUUGGUUCCAAUUAAUCCAUUCUACAAUCAUUGCUGAAUUCUUCUUUUGCACUUGGAAUACAGGAGGUGCCCAAAGCGCUGCUUCCGGUGGCGAACCGUCCCGUUAUCUCUUACGUUUUGGAGCAUCUGGAGCAAAAAACCUCAAGGAUCUGAUUGUUGUGGUAGAGGGCAAAGAUGCGGUACUCCAUGCUGGUGGUUGGAUAUCUGGGGCUUUUAUUGAUCGUCUACAUGUUGAGGUUGCUGCAGUCCCUGAGGAUGUGGGAACUGCUGGUGCAAUUAGGGCCAUUGCACACCACCUGACUGCGGAGGACAUUUUGGUUGUAAGUGGUGAUCUUGUUUCUGAUGUGCCUCCUCGUGCAGCGGUGACUGUGGUGCUCUGCUCUGCUCCUGUGAGUGGAGCUUUGGAAUCAGGAUCUGGUGGUGGAAAGGAUAAAACCAAGAAACCUGGACGAUAUGACAUCAUUGGCCUAGACACUACUAAACAAUUUUCAUUAAGGAAGCGUCGAUUGUUUCGCAAACUGGAGCAGGUUGGCGAAGGCACUUACGGUCAAGUUUACAGGGCCAAAGAAAAGAAAACGGAUGAAAUUGUUGCUUUGAAGAGACUACGAAUGGACAAAGAGAGAGAAGGGUUUCCAAUCACUGCAAUACGUGAAAUCAAAAUUCUAAAGAAGCUAAAUCACAAGAAUGUAAUUGAGCUUAAAGAAAUUGUGAUUUCUCAUGCCAUUUCUCAAGGCAUGGAGUUGAAGAUCAAACAGGCUUUAAGUCAUAAAGUGUGGGUUAUGGAUAGGAUUCAUGUGAAAGCUAAAACCACUUUGAGGAUCUUCAUUAGUAGUUAUGCCAAUGUUUAUUCUUAUUCUUUUUCUGUUUUUCUUAGUUCUUCUUCUCCAGAAGAUGCAAAAGCAAAAGCAGCGGCUUCCUCCUGGCCCUCGAAAACUUCCAAUUAUUGGAAACCUUCACCAAAUCGGUGCAGUUUCCCACCAGUCGUUUGAAGAAAUGUCAAAGA